AUGAAAAGGCUACUUGUACUUUUUGCUAUUUGUAUUUUCAUAAUGUGGACUAAUAAUGUUAAAUCGUCCAUAUACACAAAUUCUAAGAGAAAAAGACAUUGGAAUUUAAUGAAAAGAAACAAUUUAAACAAUGACAACAGAAGUAAUUACAGCUUUCUAAUGUUACAUAAAGAAAAUGAUGAAAAAACAAAUAAUGAUAGUAAUAAUAACACAAAGAAAGAAAAGGAAGGAGACGAUAAUAAUAACAGUAAUAAUAGUAAUAAUAGCAAUAGUAAUAAUAAUAGCGGUAGUAAUAAUGUUAGCGGACCCGAUAAAAAAAAUGCAGAAAGCAAUUCUAACGAAAAAAAAAAUGAGGAAAAUAAUGCAAAUGAAAAAAAAAACGAGGAAAAUAAUGCAAAUGAAAAGAAACAAGAAGAAGAUAAUUCAAAUGAAAAAAAAAAUGAAGAAAAUAGUUCUAAACAAACAAAUGAAUCUUUACCACCAGAAAAAAAAAUUAAUAAAGAUAAUUUAUUAGAAUAUGGUACACAUGACAAAGAUGGAAAUUUUAUUCCUUCCUAUAAAACGUUAACAGAUGAAAUCCUUUCCAUAAAUAAUUCUUUGGAAAGAGCGUCAAAUUACCUGAAAAUAGGAUGCUCACAUAUUUUGAAGACGUUAGAAUUUAUACCAGAAUCGAAGCUAUCCACACAGUAUAUAAAAGUAGAUACGAAAAAUGUGUACUUAAAAGAUAUUAGUACCGAAUGUCAAAACAUUUUUUUUUCAAUAGAAAAAUUAACUAUGACCAUAAUUGUCCUUAAUUCAAAGUUAAACAAGUUCAUAUACGUUUCAGAUAAGUGA